AUGAACCUCGUGGGCAGCUACGCGCACCACCACCACCACCACCACCCGCACCCCGCGCACCCCAUGCUGCACGACCCCUUCUUCUUCGGCGCCGCCUCGCGCUGUCACCAGGAGCGGCCCUACUUCCAGGGCUGGCUGCUGAGCCCGGCCGACGCGGCCCCCGACUUCCCCGCCGGCGCCCCGCCGCCCGCCGCCGCCGCCGCUUUCGGCCCGGACGCCAGGGCCGCCGCGAGCCCCGGGCGGCUGGAGGCGCUGGGGGGCCGCCUGGGCCGCCGGAAAGGCGCGGGGCCCAAGAAGGAGCGGCGGCGCACGGAGAGCAUCAACAGCGCCUUCGCCGAGCUGCGCGAGUGCAUCCCCAACGUGCCCGCCGACACCAAGCUCUCCAAGAUCAAGACGCUGCGCCUGGCCACCAGCUACAUCGCCUACCUGAUGGACGUGCUCGCCAAGGACGCGCAGGCCGGCGACCCCGAGGCCUUCAAGGCCGAGCUCAAGAAGGCGGACGGUGGCCGCGAGAGCAAGCGAAAACGGGAGCUGCCACAGCACCAAGAAGCCUUCCCGGCCACGCUGGGCCCUGGUGAGAAGAGGCUCAAGGGGCGCACAGGCUGGCCUCAGCAGGUGUGGGCACUGGAGUUAAACCAGUAA